AGUGGUCAGCACAGGGGCCGGCACCAGAGGGUUAUCGAAGCAGCUGUCACGAUGCUGGGGUCCCUGGUGUCGAAGAGAACAGCGCCGGCGCCGCGGCUCCUUCUCCAGCUGCUUAGGUCCCCAUCGCUCCGGAGCCACGAAAGUGCCACCGGCCAGAGUGUGACCACCGGGGGCCGCGGGGAGCCUCAGUGGCUGAGGGCGGCCGUCGGGGGGCGCCAUGGAACGUCGCCGGCCCUACUCACCGGAGGAGGGGCAGCCACUGGAGGGCGCCAGAGAGGACGUACCGAGACCCCCUACCUUGCAGCUGCCACGUGGGGACAUCUUCCUAGCCCCGAAGAUACACUGCCUGGGCAGGACAGCUGGAAUGGAGUCCUCAGCAGAGCCGGCUUGGGCGUGUGGGCCCUGGCCACGGCGCUGGUGGUUCAUUGUUACAGCAAGAGCCCGUCCAGCAAGGAUGCAGCCCUGAUGGAAGCUGCUCGAGCCAACAAUGUCCAAGAAGUCAGAAGACUGUUGUCGGAAGGUGCGGAUGUCAAUGCAAGGCACAGACUUGGCUGGACAGCACUAAUGGUGGCAGCCAUCAACCGAAACGACAGUGUGGUGCAGGUCCUGCUUGCAGCUGGUGCUGACCCAAACCUCGGGGACGAUUUUAGCAGUGUAUACAAGACCGCCAAGGAUCAGGGAAUCCAUUCUUUAGAAGUCCUGGUCACACGAGAGGAUGACUUCAACAACCGGCUGAACAACCGCGCCAGCUUCAAGGGUUGCACAGCCCUACACUAUGCUGUCCUCGCUGAUGACUACCGGACCGUCAAGGAGCUGCUUGAUGGAGGAGCCAAUCCCUUGCAGAGGAAUGAAAUGGGACACACACCCUUGGAUUAUGCUCGAGAAGGGGAGGUGAUGAAGCUUUUAAGGACUUCUGAGACCAAGUACCAAGAGAAGCAGCGGAAGCGGGAGGCCGAGGAGCGGCGCCGCUUUCCGCUGGAGCAGCGGCUGAAGGAGCACAUCAUUGGCCAGGAGAGCGCCAUCGCCACAGUGGGCGCAGCGAUCCGGAGGAAGGAGAAUGGCUGGUACGAUGAAGAACACCCCCUGGUCUUCCUCUUCUUAGGAUCAUCUGGAAUAGGAAAAACAGAACUGGCCAAGCAGACAGCCAAAUAUAUGCACAAAGAUGCCAAAAAGGGUUUCAUCAGGCUAGACAUGUCUGAAUUCCAGGAGCGGCAUGAGGUGGCCAAGUUCAUCGGGUCCCCACCAGGCUACAUUGGCCAUGAGGAGGGUGGCCAGCUGACCAAGAAGCUGAAGCAGUGCCCCAAUGCUGUGGUGCUCUUUGAUGAGGUAGACAAAGCCCACCCAGAUGUGCUCACCAUCAUGCUGCAGCUGUUUGAUGAGGGCCGGCUGACAGAUGGAAAAGGCAAGACCAUCGACUGCAAGGACGCCAUCUUCAUCAUGACCUCGAACGUGGCCAGCGACGAGAUAGCACAGCAUGCGCUGCAGCUGAGGCAGGAAGCUUUGGAGAUGAGCCGUAACCGGAUCGCCGAGAACCUUGGGGACGUCCAGAUCAGUGACAAGAUCACCAUCUCAAAGAACUUCAAGGAAAACGUGAUUCGCCCCAUCCUAAAAGCUCACUUCCGGAGAGAUGAGUUUCUGGGACGAAUCAAUGAGAUCGUCUACUUCCUCCCCUUCUGCCACUCGGAGCUCAUCCAACUUGUCAACAAGGAGUUGAAUUUCUGGGCCAAGAGAGCCAAGCAAAGGCACAACAUCACACUGCUCUGGGACCGUGAGGUGGCGGACGUGUUGGUCGAAGGCUACAACGUACACUAUGGCGCCCGCUCCAUCAAGCAUGAGGUAGAGCGCCGAGUGGUGAACCAGCUGGCGGCUGCCUAUGAGCAGGACCUGCUGCCGGGGGGCUGCACCCUGCGCAUCACUGUGGAGGACUCAGACAAACAGCUGCUCAAGAGUCCUGAACUGCCCUCACCCCAGGCCGAGAGGCGUCCCCCCAAGCUGCGACUGGAGAUCAUCGAUAAGGACAGCAAGACCCGCAAAUUGGACAUCCAGGCACCACUCCACCCUGAGAAGGUGUGCCACACCCUCUAGCGUCUACCUAGCUGUCCAUACGUGCCCUCAACACCUAAUAAAGCCCCCUUGGCUGUGGCGUGGUGACCGACCUACCUUCCCCUCCUGCUUCUCACCCCUCUCCAUCCAGCCUAAGGCCUGUUACCUCCUCACAGCCCCUGGAAGAUGCCUUCUCAGCCCCACCCUAGCCCCUUCGUUGUGGGCCCCACGUGUGCUCUCAGGUCUCUGGGAGGGGAGCUGCUCCUCUGCUCGCUUUACAGCAGGGAGAAGAGGGAGGUCCCUCAUCUCUGUCCUUCAGCGUGAUCCUCAUGUCCCAGAGCCUCUGGAACUUUAUCAUGUUUUCUGGAAACUCAGAAGUAUGGCAACUGAGAACUGAUCUGGCUGGAAGAAGACAGAGACCAGGCUGUGACCUGCUACCCUCUGCUGGCUCUCAUGCUGCUGAGUCCCCAGAAUGUCUCCACAGGGAGCAGAGAAGUCAGAGGCCCAGACACAGAGCUUCUGCAUUUAAGCCAUUGCUUCCUCUUUCCCAUGCCCUAGAAUUCCAAGGGGAAGGGACUCUCGGAACCCUUCCCCCUUCCACUGCCAUAUCAUAGCUACUAUUCCUCCCUGCCCCACGUUCAGGAGUCAGACCAGACCACGUCUCUCCAGCCUUGGAACUAGGCCAGCAUAGGGCAUCUUUAGGAAGAAGGCUGGGUACUACCCUACCCUACACGGGGUCUGGACAGAAGCACCAAAUGACCAAGCAAGCUUAACUCUGCGGGGCCUCCUGCAGGCGACCAACAACAUAGACAGUGGAGAACUGUAGGGGGAUCCUUGGGUCGGGGUGUACCCAGAUGGCCAUGGAGUCUGCCUCAGCCCCGUCUAUACCAUGGUCCUAGCUAAGUGAACAUGGGAUAGACAGCUCCCUUGUGCAGUCUGCAUGUUAGUCACUAAGCAGAGGGACUGCACACCAUCCGCCAAGGCUUUCCACACACCAGGCGUGUUCAGCCUCAGCUUAAUAAGCAGGGCACAGCAAGGCUUGGUACAUACAUCCUUGGGAACCAUCUGCAGUAGCCACCAUUGAGGCCAUGCCAUCAGCCUCCCCUGAAGGGCCACUUUGGAAACCCUCCUUUGGUGUCAGAAAGUCUCUUCCAGGAAGCAGAAAAUGGGGACAGGAAUCACAGUCCCUC